AUGGCGGCGACAGCAGUGCGAAAUGGCAGUAUCGCCAAUGGCCUCAACGGAGGGGCCGCGGGGAUCACGCCUGCGUCACGCUUCGCUGAUAUUCCGUCCGCGAUCGAUAUCCCUGUCUCCGGCGGGCUUGAUGCAGACGAAGCGGUCGAAGUCAAUCUCGAGGACCACCUGGACGAUCCUACGGAGCUAUGCCAGCUCCUAGAAAAUGAGAAAGCUGCCAAAAAUCUAUGGAUUACAAUCGCUCUGGCGUACGCAAAACAGGCGCAGAUUGACCACGCAAUCGAAAUCUUGAUCAAGGGCAUGGGGUCUCUGUCAAGGAGCGGGCCCAAAGAACGCCUGAGCCUGCUAGCAUGUGUGGCAUGGUUGAAUCUUCUCAAAAGCAGGCAGGCCCCCCGAGUGUUACCGGAAAAUCAGCCCUCGUCCGAUGCGAAGACCAAAGACCAUUACCUCCGAGAAGCCACCGCCUCGAUCAAUGAUGCCCUUCGAAUCAACCCGGCCUUCCCUCCGCUGUAUCUCACCAGAGGCGUCCUCUUCCUCCUCCGAGCUUCCUUGCAAGCGUCAACUAAAGCUGGGUCAGAUGCUGAAAGAGCUGAGUCUCUCAAACAGGCCCUCAAGUGUUUCGAUGACGCUCUACGGGCCUCCGAAGGUCGCAACAUGAUGGCAGCAAUUGGAAGAGCUAGGACACUUUAUUUGCAGAAACAAUAUGGUCCAGCCUUGCAAGUGUACCAAGACGUGCUUGCGAAGAUGCCCGGCCUUACAGACCCCGAUCCUCGGAUAGGCAUUGGCUGUUGUCUGUGGCAGUUGGGGUACCAGGACAGGGCGAAGAUGGCUUGGGAGCGAUCGCUGGCACUGAACUCCGAGUCAAAGAUUGCGCAUGCUCUGCUGGGGGUGUACUAUCUACACGAAAGCGCCAAAUACCCGGCUUCCGACCCUCAAUUCAAUGCUCUUUACAAGAAGGCUAUGAUCGACCAUACGAAGAAAGCUUAUACUAUUGACAAGAACUUCCCCCUUAGCUGUGCGACUUUUGCUAGCUAUUUCCUCCUGACUGGUCGCUACGACACUGUGGAACCUUUAGCGCGAAAGGCCAUCGAACAAACAGACAUCAAUGCAAUUGCCAGUGACGGGUGGUAUUUGUUAGCUCGAAAGGAGCACAACAAAGGUGACUUGUCAAAGGCAAAUGACUAUUACAACAGAUCGGAUCAGGCACGAGGCGGUCUGGAUCGAGGCUACUUCCCGGCGAAAUUCGGCCUCAUUCAGAUUAUGCUCCAGACCCAGGACGUCCAGGGUGCCAAGUUUCGACUCGAAAAUCUCUCACAGAUCAACAGACACGUAGAGGCUAUGACGCUACUGGGUUGUGUCUAUGCCGAAGAAGCGUUCUCAGCUCAGAGCACUGCAACCAAAGAUGAGAAAGCAACCGCAGCGCGAAAGGCCAUACAACUGCUAGAGAAUGUUCGAAAGACCUGGAAGGAUGAAAAGACGAAGAACAAGCCCGACGAGUCGGUUUUGCUUUAUCUUGCACGUCUGUACGAGCUUGAAAAUCCAAUUGAGAGCUUAAAAUGUCUUCAAACGGUCGAGCAAAUGCAGCUAGAGAAAAUUCCGGACGAAGACAAGCCAGAUCCAAACGAAGAGGAAGCAACAUACAUUACUCAGCUCCGCGAGAACCUACCUCCCCAGCUUCUGAACAAUAUGGCGUGCUUCCUAUAUUCUCAAGAGUCGUACUCUAUGGCUCGAGAGACAUUCCAGAUUGCGCUCAAUGCCUGUGUUCGACUCACUGAGAAGCAAGAAGCCGAAAAGAAGGCCCUGGAAGAAGAAAAAAUCAACGCGGAGGAUGUCGACAACAGUGAUACUGAUGCUUUGGUGACCACGAUUUCAUACAACCUGGCCAGGACUUUGGAAGCACUAGGCCUCGUAGAGGAGGCUCAGAAGGUUUAUGAAGGUCUCCUUGCCAGACAUGCCGACUACACAGACGCUUCCGCGCGCCUAGCGUUUAUAGCCUUGGAAACGUCACCUCGAGACGAAGGGCCGCGAAAGAUUCACGCAGUUUAUCAAAAUGACUAUGGCAACACUGAAGUCAGAGCCUUGAUGGGAUGGUACCAUCAUAGCGCCAAGAAGAAAACUAGCAACAUUGCAGAAGAUGCUGAGAACCGCCAUUACAAGCACACAUUGCAGGGCUAUGACAAGCAUGACCUUUACUCUCUUGUUGGUAUGGGCAACAUUCACCUCACAAUCGCAAGAGAUAUGCCUCGAAACACGGACCAAGAAAAGGAAAAGCGGAGCAAGAUGUAUGCCAAAGCAUACGAAUUCUUUGAUAAGGCACUGCAAUUGGACCCUAAGAAUGCAUAUGCCGCCCAGGGUGUUGCAAUCGCUCUCUGCGAUGACAAGAAAGCAUACUCUGAUGCUCUACAGAUAUUCACCAAGGUCAAAGAUACUCUCCGAGAUGCUUCAGUCAACACGAAUUUGGGCCAUGUGAUGACAGAACUUCGGCAGUAUCAACGCGGCAUCGACAAUUAUGAGAUCGCACUGAGAAAAGAUGGCAAAAGUGAAAACGCCCAAUUAUUGGCGUGCUUGUCGAGGGCAUGGCUGUUGAAAGGCAAGGCUGAUAGAUCCAUCCCUGCUCUGAACACUGCUCUCGAUUACAUGAAGCGCGCUCUGGCCACGCAACCCGAUUCUCCUCAUUUGCAAUUUAAUGUGGCUUUCAUCCAGUUCCAAAUUGCACAACAUGUGAAUCAAGCCAAGGAGACGGAUCGAACACUUGAAGAUGUGGAUGCCGCCAUUGCCGGGCUUGAGCAAGCCAUCGAUACCUUUGAACAAGUUGCCAGGCAUAAACAACCGCCAUAUCCCCGGACAGCACUCGAGCAGCGUGCAGCUAUGGGUAAAAACACCAUGAGAAAUCAAUUGGAGCGCCAACGUGUGAGACAAGCCGCCUACGAAAAUGAAAACGCCACGAAAUUGAAAGAAGCAAAGGAGAGGCGGCAGGAGGAGCUUCGAAAACGCGAGGAAGCGGCAAGAAGACGCAGACAAGAGGAACAGGAUCGCGCACAGAGGAUCGCAGAAGAACGGAGAAAGAUUGUCGAGGAGACAGAGAGGAUUGCCGAGCAGAUUCGCGCCGAGGCAGCAGCAAGAGAAGCUGCCGAGUACACGGACGAUGAGGAAACUGGGGAACGCGUGAGACGGAAGAAGAAGCCUAAGGCUGGCGGCAAGCGGAAGAAGCGAGAUGAUGAAGAUGGGUUCAUCGAAGACGACGAAGAUGGGAAGAGCGAAAGAAGCGUUUCCCGGACUCCAAUGAGUGGCUCGGACAACGAAGCUCCGGCGGAAAUGCCAAAGAAGAAGAAGAGAAGGUUGGAGAGGAAGAGUGCUGCAAGAGAAACUCCCCGGAGAAAGAAUGACAAAUUCAAGUCCGCAGCCGUGGUCGUGGACUCAGAUUCUGAAUUGGAGGACGAGGCCAGCGCUGUUGCGACACCGGAAGAGGCAACUGUUGAAACCCCAGCAUCCGACGUCCCGGAUAAGGAUGAAGAGAUGGGAGACUUACGUGAUGAGCCAGAAGUGGAGGAGGACCAAGCUCAACCCAGACCACCACCCAGGCAACGGAAGCAACUACGAACAAUUGCCGACGACGAUGACGAGGAUGAAGAUGAGGAAGAAGCCUACAAUGCAGGCACUAAUGGUCACGCAGAUACAGCGAGGGCUUCAGCUGAUGAUGGCGAGUAG